AAAGCCAAAGCGAACAAAAUUGACGAACGAGGAGGAGGAGCGAAGUUGCUCAUGGCGCGGACUCGUGCGGGUGUAACAAACCCCAUUUGAAUAUGGAGCAUAAGUCCGCAGCACUGCUUGUGCGUUGCUGCUACAUAGGGUUGUGGAUCGGGCUGCGACGUCGCUGACGCCACCAUUUCCAUCGAUCAACUCGAGCUCCCUCUCUCUCACGCCACCGCCGCCGCGAGAAGAGAAGCCUCCUCCUCCUCCACUGCCCCCUCUCCAAUUCCUUCCUUCUCUUCCCGGGUUCCCAGAUCUCAGGGUUGGGGAAAGAAAAAUUUUAUUGGAAAAGAAAGGGUGGCAAACAUAAUUAAUGAUACAUACAGCCACAGAAAAAAGCAAGUUCAUGGCACUACAGAUUUAGCAUCUAAAAGCCACAGUGCAUCAGAUUUCAAUCAUGUGAAGCCUAAAGAGGAAAUGGAUGUUUCUUAUCAGUUGGAUACGAAGGUUCGCUGCCUCUGCGCCAGUCCUUCGUUUACUGAGUCCAGGAUGAUUAAGUGUGAAGAUCCCCAGUGUCAAGUUUUGCAGCACAUUGGUUGUGUAAUUAUACCAGAGAAACCUAUGGAGGGUGUUUCACCUGAACUUCCAUCUCUCUUCUAUUGUGAACUAUGUCGAAUCAAUAGAGCUGACCCAUUCUGGGUGACAAUAGGGAAUCCCUUACUUCUUGUAAAGUUGAUAUCUUCAGGCGUCACAGCAGAAGGAACAAAUACUGUACCAAAAGUGGAAAGAACAUUUCAGUUGUCAAGAAAAGAUAGAGAAAUGUUGCAGAGAACUGAAUAUGAUCUUCAGGUUUGGUCCAUACUUCUUAAUGAUAAAGUUCCAUUUAGGAUGCAAUGGCCGCAGUGUGCAGAUUUGCAUGUCAAUGGUUUUCAAGUGCCAGUGGUUGGUAGGCCAGGCUCACAGUUGUUGGGAAUCAAUGGUCGGGAUGACGGUCCGGUGAUCACCAUAUGCAGCAGGGAAGGAAUUAAUGAAAUUUGUUUAUCAUGGUUGGAUUCUCGCAUAUUCUGUUUUGGAAUCAGAAUAGCACAGAGGCGGACAGUUCAACAGGUCCUCGACUUGGUACCGAAGGAAGCAGAUGGUGAACAUUUCGAGGAUGCUCUUGCUCGUGUUCGUCGUUGCAUUGGUGGUAGAAAUUCUACAGAGGAUGCAGAUACUGACAGUGAUUUAGAAGUGGUUGCUGAAUCUUUCCUAGUCAAUCUUCGUUGUCCUAUGAGCGGCUCUCGAAUGAAGACUGCAGGCAGGUUCAAGCCUUGUGUCCACAUGGGCUGUUUCGAUCUGGAAACUUUUGUCAAACUCAAUCAACGCUCUCGGAAGUGGCAAUGUCCAACAUGCCUCCAGAACUACUCUCUUGAAAACAUCAUCAUCGACCCAUAUUUCAAUCGCAUCACGUCACUGUUGCGAAAUUGUGGAGAAGAUGUAGAUGAGAUUGAUGUGAAGCCUGAUGGUUGUUGGCGUGCAAAGAUUGAAGGUGAAUUUAAGGAGCUUGCUCAGUGGCACAUGCCUGAUGGUACUCUUUGUGCCAAAACAGAUACAGAAGUAAAAUCUGACUUGGAGAGCUUGAGGCAGGUUCAGCAGGAUGGUACUUUUUCGGAAGGGAGAUUAGGAAUCAAAAGAAAUUGGAAUAGAAUAUGGGAAGCUAGCAAUCUUGAAGACAUGAAACCUUCAUCUUCUGGAAGUCAUGUUCUACGUAAGCUUGACAAUUACUGCCAGAACAUCAUACCUAUGAGCAGUAGUCCCACUGGAAGUUGCAGGGAUGGAGAAGAUCCAAGUGUCAAUCAAGAAGGUGAGGGGCAUUUAGAUUUAUCUCUGAAUAAUGGUCAUGAGCUUGAUUCUUUUACACUCAAUUUUGAUCCAAUAUAUGUUGAGGACGGAAUCCUUCCUGCCACAUCAAAGGAUAUCAUUGUCCUUAGUGACUCUGAUGAAGAUAAUCUUAUGUUGAUCUCUCCUGAAAAUGCCUAUAAAACUGGUCCAUCUGAUGAUACUGGAAUACAUUUUACUGCCAUCCACCCUGGAGUUUCAGAAAGAUAUCCUGAAGACCCUGGCCUGGGAACAAGUGGAACUUCAUGCCUUGGUAUGUUUAACAAUAAUGGCGAUGAUUUUGGAAUGCCACUCUGGCCAAUGCAGACAUGCUUGCAGACAGGACCAGGCUUUCAGCUAUUUGGAACUGAUGCUGAAGUUCCAGAUGGCUUAGUUGGUUCACAUAAUUCCCUUGGCUGUGCAGCAAUCAAUGGCUAUGGUUUGGCAUCUGAUGGUGAUCUAGGGGAUGCUUCUUGUGUCCUAGAUCUUUCGAACUGUCAUUCUAAUACUGAUGUGAGUGGAAGCUUGGUUGAUAAUCUGCCAGCAUUCAGUAGCAUCAAUGCUUCUCUGCAAAAUUUUUUCCCUAGCCAACCAGUUGAUGUUGCUAUGCAACCCGAUUUACAUGAUCGCACUGAAAUGCAAAAUGGGGUUCAUUCUGAUGCUUGGAUAUCCCUUACACUUGCUGCUGGUGGAGGGCACGGUGAGUCUACUUCUGCAAAUGUGCUGAGCCCAGGCCAACAUUUAGCACCAAAGGGAAGUAGGACAGAGCCAUUGGAAGAUGCUGCUUCAUUGCUUUUGAGCAUGAAUGAUGACAGACCCAACAAAGCAAAUUCAAAUACCCAAAGGUCUGAUAAUUUAUUCUCACAUCCCCGGCAACCACGGUCUGUUGCGCCUCAUCUGUGUCUGUCAAUAAAUAUUGAUUCUGAUUAGUCAUUGGGAACUAACGGGAUGAUACUUUCUAUCUGCACUAAGAGGUCGCUUCCCACCUCUGCAUGCUGCUUGCUAUGCUUUUGGUGAUCAUUUAUUUUAUUAGAGAAAAGGCCAGACAAUCCUAUCUUGCUGAGAGGAAGAAGAAUCAUGGCAACUGAUCACCACUGCAAGUGGCAUAUUUAGGUGUUCAAGAGUGCGUCAAGCAUAUCCAAAUUGCAUGCCUGAUAAAAGGCUUGAAUCUGUGAUAGUUUUUUGCAUGUUUUCAGUGUUUUGUGCAGACAGAUCCUCUAAUUCCAACAUAUUGGUCAGCUCCAGAAGAAUUUUUUUUUAAAUUUGAAUUGCAGGCUGAAUGCAUUUACAGCAAGUCGUACAGUACAGUGACAGGAGAUGAGAAAUGGAGGCCUUCCCAAGGUGUAAGCCAAAUUGCUGGGAGGGCUUGUGUAUCAUAAUUGUAUCUGGGUUCAAUUUGUGUAAAUUCAUGUGCUUCUUGAAUUUUGGUGACAAUUGGAGAAAAAUGCUGCAAAAGUUCAAAUAUUUUAAAUUAGAUACGUGCCUACCAUGAUUGGUGGUUUUUCAUAUGCAAAAUGUUGAUUGAAUUGCUCCAGUUUUUUUUUUUUUUUUGUCUAUAAUGGAACAUUUUAUUGCUGACACAUUUGUAUGCUCUCUGGUUUUUGAAUGAGCAAUGCAAGUUUUCACAUCUUUCUUGAUUUUCAAUUUUUUUUUUUCAUCAUGAAUUACAUGCCUUUAGCCGAUGGCAGGCAGUUCUUUGUCACCUAUGCUAGACUCAACCCCUCUUUAUGUGUGUCAACGUUGGCAAUCGUAUCUAAUUACUGAAGUGUUUUUGCUCCAUGAUUAUAGAAUUUUAUCUGUUUGUCAGGCAAAGCUAUCUGGAUGUUGGAAUAGAUCUGGACAAGGUCGAUUUUGCACUGGGCAGCCCUGGAGUUUCGUGCCUUGGUUCUGAGAUAGCUUACCUGGUUGGAGGCGCACGACCGCGGAGACCAAUAUCAACUCCAAGUGUUUAUUUACGAGGCUCAAAUUCAAAAUUACGUGUCUAAAUUAACAGUAAGCUUUCUUCUAUAUUUUGAGUUUAUUAGUGGUGUGCUUCAUAUGCUCCUUAUGGAACUAUAGAAGAUGUUAAUGAUCAUUCUCUAUGAAUUCCCUCUUGAUCAAUGAAAUCACCAGGAUCUGUUCCUUAUGUG